ACUUUACCCUUGAAUGCGGCUAUAAAAAUGAUGAACGGCCGUCUGCACAACACAAGUCUUCAGACAGAGCGUGACCAAGGGACAAGCUGCCACUGCAAGAGUCAAGUUCAAUCAUGAAGGUACUUGUGGUUCUCGCACUUGCCGUUUUCUCCGCCACGGUUUGCAGCGCCAACAUCCUGUGGCCGGAGCAGUCCAAGACCAACCUGGAGGUGGUGAAAGAUGCUUUUUGGGACUACGUUGCCAAAGCGACACUCACUGCUGAGGACUCCCUGAGGGAGAUCAGACAGUCUGAGCUGGGACAGGAAGUCAAUGCGAAGAUCUCUCAGAGCGCUGACACAGUCAAUCAGUACAUCGUUGCUCUGCGUGCUCAGGCGGCUCCUCUGACCGAGAACUUCAUGACUCAGUUUACCCAGGAGGCCGAGCUUCUGAAGGCUCGUCUGGAGAAAGACCUGACCGCUGUGAGCACCAACCUGCAGCCCUACGCCGAGGAGCUGGUGGCGAACCUCCAGCGUCAGGUGGAGGAGCUGAGGAAGGAAGCUGUCCCUUACACUGAGGCCAUGGACCCAGAGGCCCUGAAGGCCGUCCUGCUGCAGAAGAGCCAGGAGCUGAAGGCGCAGCUGGAUACGAGCGUGAACCAGCUGCAGGCCCAGAUGGUUCCCUACACCGAGGAGAUGAAGCAGAAGAUGGAGGAGAGUGUGGAGGAGUUUCAGAGGAGCAUGAUCCCCCUGGCCCAGAGCUUCCAGACCCAGCUGACCCAGAAAACCGAGGAGAUCCAGCAGACCCUGACUCCAUAUGGAGAGGAAAUGAGGGCCAAGCUGGACGCCAGCGCUCAGGACCUGCAGGCUCAGCUGACUGCUCUGUGGGAGUCCUUCACUAAGAAGACCCAGUAAACUGCUCUGUCUGCCUCAAAGCCUUCAUUGCUUUUUGAGCAACACCAAAUAU